CAAGCUUCAAGUCUACAUUGUAUAUGCAAAUAUGAUGUGUGGUCGUUGUGGUCUAGGAUUUGUCCCAGUAGCUUUGGCUCUUUUUUCUUUGGCAACGUUCGUAAUAACGUAUAUCAUCUCACGUCUUCGCAAUGACACAUCAUGGUUCCCCGCCAUAAGCGACACGGCCGAUCAUUCUCCCGAAAGCAAUGUGUUUGGAUUUCUUUUCAACAUGUGCGCUGCUGUGGCUCUGUUGACAACGUUUAUUCGUUAUCUUCAACUUAGACACGAUGCCGACUGGAAUGAAAGAGACAGGCAGCUUCUCAUAAAACUUAACAAAGUGGCCAUGCUUUUUGGAGUUUUGUCGAGUCUUGGAGCGUGCAUAGUGGCUAAUUUUCAGGUACUUUUUGAGCAGCUCUUUCUCUCUAAGUUCAAGUUUGAUCAAGUUUAUUUUAGCUUGGUUCAAUUUUUUAUGGCUCAGUCAAUUCGCAGCGUGCAGCCAUAGUUAAUUGAGUGGAAUGGUUAUGAAACCCGUCAGACUCCUUUGUUAUAUGUUUUUACUAGGCCCAGGUCCCAAUUGUUCAAAAGGUGGAUAACGCUACUGAUCCCUCGGAUAAAUUUCUAUCCAGUGGAUAUGGUGUGAUAAUGCCCUUUAUUACAUCCACUUUGAAAUCACUGGCUAUCCGUGCAAUCUGAUUGGCUCUCAGCAGUGUGAUUUAUUCCUAAAUCGCACCAUUUUUUGCGCUAAAUCGCAUCUUUUCCAAAUCGCGUCAUUCAUGUUCUAAAUCGCAUCAUUUCUGUUUUAAAUCGCACCAUUUUUGUUCUAUAUAUCGCAUCAUUUCUGUUUCGAAUACAAAAUGAGAUGUAAAAGCCUUUUUGUUUCGGCUUUUUAACAAACCGGCUACUCGAUCAAUAAAAUAUUAGUACUGACUAAAUUCUGCGAUUUCAAAAUGGAUGUAAUAAAGUGGUAAUUGAACUUCGUGUCGUGCAAUUUUGGUCUGAAAUCAUACUUGUGAUUUCAAAUCAAACUCGCGCUGCGCGCUCGUUCGAUUUUGAAAUCACGCGUAUGAUUUCAGACCAAAUUGCACUCCACUUAGUUCAAUUACUAUUAUUAAAACUAUGGAAAACUGAACCAAGCUUUAAAAUAUGCACAGGUAAAUUUUCACAUAUAAGGGGUGUACAUAUUAGUUUAUUGUUAUUAAUUCAAAAUAUUUUGCCGUAACCUAAUUGGCUUUAAUCCACUGGCUAAUUCUUUAUAAGCUGCUGUCACUGACCAUAAUUUGGAAGAUGUAGGCAAUACACCAAGUCUAACUAAGCUACUCUAAGCUAACCAUACUACAACCAGCCAAAAAGAAAAGUGUGAUUUUAUCAGGGGUUUUCAAAUGACGUCACCAACAUUCAAACUAAGAAACUAUCGAUUCCUAUGAGUUUCUACUUUCACAAGGUAUUACAGCACCUAAAAACCUUUAUUUACACAAUUUUUCGGUUCCAAAGGGUUCUUCGUUUUGCGAUAGAAGACACUUGAAUUUUCAGGCUUUUGCACGACGCAGCAUUUAGCGGACAGCGGGGAAAGCUCUUAUGUGGGUUAAAAAGGUUACCUGAUUUUUUGAGAUUUUGGGAUCUAAAUGUCCUUGUCUAAGAAUAAAUAUUACUUAAAACUUUAUGAGUUCCUCAAGCGAUGAAUUCACACAUAAGUAGGAAAACUCAAAAACAGAUGUUUCUGUUGGUUUCCGGCGGCCAUAUUUGUGCCCACAAAGCCUUAUAAAUUUGGGUAAAACGUUUUUUUGAAUAUCUCAGAUAUGAAUUAUUGCACAGACCUGAUUCGUGCUGAGGCUUUUUGUAUAUUUAUCUUCUUUCAUUUCCCAGAUUCAGUGAAAACAGAGAAUACGCUGAUUGUUCACAUCUGUAAUGCUGAAAGAACCGCAGUUCUAUUCGCUUGUUACAAUAAUUAUUCAAUUUCGACUCAAAUAUGAAAAACAUAUGAACUGUUUUGUAGUGGAUUUCAGCCAGGGAAAUACUAAAAAUAUCAAGCAGAUUUGAUUGGGCUUUAUAGAGAGGGGGGCUUAUCUGAGAGAGGAGUGGCUUUAGGACUUUGCACUAGGGAAUAUUAAAAUAUACAACUUUAACCGAGAGUGAGGUCAUUACGGGGAAAUCUCAGACCAAGUCCUUGAUGUAUUGACCAAGCAAUAGCGAGGUCAAUACAUCAAGGCUUAGGUCUGAGAUUUCCCCGUAAUGACCAAACAGAUGAGGUUAAGAAGUUCUUUAUUAUAUGGCCUUUUCAUUAUUGACCUGGGCUAAUGAUUAAUUAAAACCAACAACUUGUCAGCGGAUAGAAUAAUGACUUAUUAAUGACUUAUUAAUGACUUGUUCACUCGAGUCCAUGUUACAGACAGGUGACACUGGUCAGCAGAUACCUUUUUGACAGCUGUCAAUUGACCAGAACAGAGAUGUCCAUAAGGAUGUCCAGUAUCAAGUUAAACACAGAUUGUAUAUGCCUUGGACACCUAGCUAGUAAUGCCCAGUCAAUACAAGAAAACAGCCCAUCAGAGCAUACAUACUGUUGUAGCCAUAUGGUAAAUUAGUUUGAGGUUAAGUAUUAUCAAUAAAAAUUAUUAUAUUGUAAUAUCAGACAUCACUUUGUGCAGGAACUUAUUCAUUAACUUUAUGAUUUAUUGUCUUGACAUUUUUGUCAAAAUGAUAUAAAUGCCUUCUUUUGUUUUUUGUUUUUCUCUUCUUACAACAGGAAGAUGCAGUUGCUUUUGUGCACAUUAUUGGUGCCCUGAUGGUGUUUUUAUGUGGUAUUGUCUACAGCUGGAUUCAAUCCUUGAUCUCUUAUAAGAUGAAGGUAUGUGGUCUGAUAACCAGCACUCUACUGGUAUUACGACUUCUCCUGACCAUUGGAGCAACUGUCUUCUUUAUUGCCUGUGCUGCAGCGACCUCCUAUGCAAGUAAAGACUGGGUACGUUACCAUGCCAGUGGUACUACAUAUCCACAAAGGUGGGAUCCUAACGAUAAAAACUACAUUCAUCAUGUUGUCGGUGAUGUGGCUGAGUGGCUGACAGCUUUGAUGCUACUGGGAUUCAUGGCCAGUUUUUUUGGAGAGUACAGAUUUGUGAAGAUGAAGAUUGUAGUGUCAAGGCGCACUCAGCAGUCUGUACCGCUUGCAACUGGCAUGGGUUCAGAUGAUCCGCUGUACACGUCUCUGUAUGUUUAAGUGUUACAAAACCAUAGGAUUAAGAAGAUCAUGAAAAUACUGUUUUAUAAGAAUAUAUCAGUUGCAUGACUGUAGGUGUAGACUAGGAAAAUACACUGCAAUAGUCCAUAUGGUUUUCAGCUAUGUUAGGAUUCAACUUAGUUUAUAAAUUAAUANUUUCAGCCAGGGAAAUACUAAAAAUAUCAAGCAGAUUUGAUUGGGCUUUAUAGAGAGGGGGGCUUAUCUGAGAGAGGAGUGGCUUUAGGACUUUGCACUAGGGAAUAUUAAAAUAUACAACUUUAACCGAGAGUGAGGUCAUUACGGGGAAAUCUCAGACCAAGUCCUUGAUGUAUUGACCAAGCAAUAGCGAGGUCAAUACAUCAAGGCUUAGGUCUGAGAUUUCCCCGUAAUGACCAAACAGAUGAGGUUAAGAAGUUCUUUAUUAUAUGGCCUUUUCAUUAUUGACCUGGGCUAAUGAUUAAUUAAAACCAACAACUUGUCAGCGGAUAGAAUAAUGACUUAUUAAUGACUUAUUAAUGACUUGUUCACUCGAGUCCAUGUUACAGACAGGUGACACUGGUCAGCAGAUACCUUUUUGACAGCUGUCAAUUGACCAGAACAGAGAUGUCCAUAAGGAUGUCCAGUAUCAAGUUAAACACAGAUUGUAUAUGCCUUGGACACCUAGCUAGUAAUGCCCAGUCAAUACAAGAAAACAGCCCAUCAGAGCAUACAUACUGUUGUAGCCAUAUGGUAAAUUAGUUUGAGGUUAAGUAUUAUCAGUAAAAAUUAUUAUAUUGUAAUAUCAGACAUCACUUUGUGCAGGAACUUAUUCAUUAACUUUAUGAUUUAUUGUCUUGACAUUUUUGUCAAAAUGAUAUAAAUGCCUUCUUUUGUUUUUUGUUUUUCUCUUCUUACAACAGGAAGAUGCAGUUGCUUUUGUGCACAUUAUUGGUGCCCUGAUGGUGUUUUUAUGUGGUAUUGUCUACAGCUGGAUUCAAUCCUUGAUCUCUUAUAAGAUGAAGGUAUGUGGUCUGAUAACCAGCACUCUACUGGUAUUACGACUUCUCCUGACCAUUGGAGCAACUGUCUUCUUUAUUGCCUGUGCUGCAGCAACCUCCUAUGCAAGUAAAGACUGGGUACGUUACCAUGCCAGUGGUACUACAUAUCCACAAAGGUGGGAUCCUAACGAUAAAAACUACAUUCAUCAUGUUGUCGGUGAUGUGUCUGAGUGGCUGACGGCUUUGAUGCUACUGGGAUUCAUGGCCAGUUUUUUUGGAGAGUUCAGAUUUGUGAAGAUGAAGAUUGUAGUGUCAAGGCGCACUCAGCAGUCUGUACCGCUUGCAACUGGCAUGGGUUCAGAUGAUCCGCUGUACACGUCUCUGUAUGUUUAAGUGUUACAAAACCAUAGGAUUAAGAAGAUCAUGAAAAUACUGUUUUAUAAGAAUAUAUCAGUUGCAUGACUGUAGGUGUAGACUAGGAAAAUACACUGCAAUAGUCCAUAUGGUUUUCAGCUAUGUUAGGAUUCAACUUAGUUUAUAAAUUAAUACAAAUAAAGUUUGAAUCUCAAGACUUGAAUAUGGGCAUAGUGCAGCAUAGUCCCUAGCUGUUCCACCUCCGUUGAAAGUGGAAUCUAGGAGAUCAACUAUGAACUAGGCUAGGCAAAGUCAUAAAACUUGAGCAACUGACUGGUGAAGUGAAUAGAAGAGAAUCGUACAUGAUUGGUGAAGUUAAGUCACGUAAACCGAUGGCGUGUCAUAAUAACGUUCUAGUUCAGUUUCUUUAAAAAAAAAAAACCAACGCACAAACCCACUCUAACCAAAACAAGAGGACCUAAUAAUGAACACUUUUACUAAAAUGUUCAC